UAAACUAAGGGUAACAAAAAGUAAAGAUUCAAUUUGUUAUUAUUCCACUUCGUUGUGAAAAAAUUGCUUGUGGGAAAGAAUUCUUGGUGACAUGCACUAAAUAAAGUUCAUUUUGUGAAACAAUCGAAUACAUGGUUAAGCAAAUAAAAUUCUUUAAGGAAUAUAUGAUUUUAAUUUGUGUAUAUAUUAUUUUUAGCAAGUGGGGUGCUUUGGCCCUGGGGCCCCAUACAAUUGGCUCAAUGGCAAAGAGGGUGAUUCGGCAUGAGAGCAAAGAUCACUUAAUGACAGAAAGAUAAUUGAAUAAUUGAAAGCACUAUCAAAUUAAACAUUAGUUUCUUAAUCACAUUAUUAUUCCUCCUUAAACAUGUAUUUAUUAAGUGGGUUUACGAUUCUAAUCAUGUUUUUAUACCUAAUAGAUUCCCAUGAGCUUGAAAGUUAUGCAGAGAGAAAUAAGUGCCAAGCUUUAUCCAUUUUACUUUCUAUAAAAGCAGAACCAGUAUGCCAUUAAAGAAUUGUACCAACACACCUGUUCUCUCCCAGCUUCAGCAUUCCUGAGCAGGAUGAACGUCCAAAUUAGCCAAUGGUGUGUCUCAGCCAAGCCAUUUUUUGCUGUGGUGUUCUUGCAGUUUGGGCUUGCAGGAAUGGACAUUCUGUCUAAAGCAGCUCUGAACCAAGGAAUGAGCAAUUAUGUUCUUGUUGUUUACCGCCAUGCAGUUGCCACAAUUGUUAUAGCUCCUUUUGCUCUGAUUUUUGACAAGAAAGUCAGACCAAAGAUGACAAUCCCAAUCUUUGCCAAGUUAAUGGUGCUCAGCUUGCUAGAGCCUGUAAUUGAUCAGAACUUGUAUUUCUUGGGAAUGAAGUACACAACAGCAACAUUUGCAGCUGCCAUGUGCAAUAUUCUACCUGCAAUUACCUUUGUAAUGGCUUGGAUCCUCAGGCUUGAGAAGGUAAAAAUCAAAAGCAUCAGAAGCCAAGCCAAGUUGGUGGGAACCAUAGCAACAGUAGGAGGAGCCAUGAUAAUGACCCUAAUAAAAGGCCCAAUUUUGGAACUAUUUUGGGUAAAAGAGAGAGCCAACCAUCAACAACAAAGGGGUGAAAUCAGCCUUCAACAUACAAUCAAAGGCUCCAUUAUGAUCACAAUUGGCUGCUUCAGCUGGGCCUGCUUCAUGAUUCUUCAGGCAAUUACUUUGAAAGCUUACCCGGCUGAGCUUUCUCUUACGGCUUGGAUUUGCCUGCUGGGAACCGCGGAGGGAACCGUGUUGGCUUUGGUGAUGGAAAGGGGAAAUGCCGCGGUUUGGUCCAUUACUUGGGGAACUAAAUUGCUCGCCGCUGUUUAUAGUGGGAUAUUCUGUUCAGGACUUGCUUAUUACAUCCAAGGACUUGUUAUGAAAGACAAAGGACCUGUGUUUGUGACUGCCUUUAGCCCAUUGAGUAUGGUUAUCGUGGCUAUUAUGAGUUCGUUCAUUCUCGGCGAGCGUCUUUAUUUUGGAAGAAUACUUGGAGCUGGUGUGAUAAUUGUGGGGCUGUACCUUGUAGUUUGGGGGAAAAACAAAGAUGGGAAUUCCUCAAGUGAAGAACUGAAAUUGCCCACCAAACAAACAAGAGAAAUUGAAGCCAAUAAGAUGGAAAGUUUAACAAUUGAGGCAUCUAAUUCCUCUGCUCUACAAAAUGAGCAAAAAUAAUUAAUGAAAGCAUAUUUUGAAAGUUUUCUAAAUAAUUUCCCAUCCUUCAAUGUCUCUCUAAUGUACUCUACCAAGUGUAACAAACACUUCUUGGGUUUCAAAUUUUCCAUAUUUUUGUCUAAUAUUACAACAUUGGUUUUUUUCUUUCUUUUGUUUUUGGGGUUGGAGGUUAAGAAUGUUGUAAUGUUAUGCAAAGAUAACGAUUAACCUGAGGAGGACCAGCUUCUGCUUUCGUUGAA